AUGCUCUCUUUUAUUUUUGUCUUCUUGGUCCUAAAACUUCCUUUCCUUUUCUGCAGUUUGACUGAUCCCAAGUGCUUUUUGAGAACAAAAGACAAGAAAAACAAGGAUGGAGAUAAGGAAGUUGAUUGUUUCUUUUCUAUUUAUACUAAAAGUGGAUAUAUAAAAAAUGAUCACUUUGGCGGAAAUCUAGACAAGAAGUUGACAACUAAGAACAUCCACUUGAUUUUAUCUCUUUAUUAUGCCAUUGAAGAUAUCAAUAGGAAUCCUUACAUUUUACCCAAUAUGUCACUGUUAGUUAAAGUUGAAUGUAACUUAUUGGCUAAAAAGAGUAAAAUCAUUUUAUCAUCCAAAAGAGGUGAUUAUUUUCCUAACUAUGACUGUAGAAACCAGAGGAGAUAUUUAAUUGUCCUUACAGGACCAAUGUGGUUACCAACUGCCAUGUUUGGACCACUCCUGUACAUCUCCAGAACUCCAGAGCUUUACUAUGGGCCAUUUCAUCCUCUCCUCACCAGCUAUGACUACUUUCCCUAUCUGUACCAGAUGGCUAACAAGGACAAAUCUAUAGUUAUUGCCAUGGUGUCUUUGGUGAUCUAUUUCAGCUGGAACUGGGUAGGACUGAUCAUUUCAGACGAUGACCAAGGACUUCAAUUUGCCUCUGAACUGAGAGAAGAGAUGCAAAUACGCAGCAUCUGUUUAGCCUUUAUUACUAUUAUCACAUAUGACAUAAAAUUAUUCUUUAAAAUGGCUGAUAUGUAUUAUAAUCAAAUCAUGAUGUCUUUAGCAAAAGUGGUCAUCGUUUAUGGAGACAAAGACUCUCAUCUACAACUGAACUUUAGAUUAUGGCAGUUUUUAGACAUUCGGAGAAUCUGGGUCACUACCUCACAAUGGGAUAUGAUUACAAGUGAUGGAAAAUUCCUCUUCAACUCCUUCCAUGGGAUAAUCAGCUUUUCACAUCAUUAUUCUGAAGUGGCUGGUUUUAGGAAAUUUAUACAGAGAAUGCACCCUUCAAACUACAGUAACACUAAUUCUCUUGCUAAGUUAUGGUGGUUGAAUUUUAAUUGCUCUUUGUCAUCAUCUAAUUGUAAGAAAGUGAAGAAUUGUUCAGAAAAGCAGCUUCUGGAAUGGUUAUCCAGGUACCAGUUUGAAAUGUCCAUGAGUGAUGUAAGUUACAACCUAUACAAUGCUGUUUAUGCUGUGGCCCAUUCUCUCCAUGAGUUACUUCUGCAGCAAGUAGAUACAUGGACAAAUAAUGCUGGGGAAGGACUGGAACUUGAUUCCCUUCAGGUGGUUUCAUCGUUGAAGAAUAUCCAAUUUGUCAAUCCCCUUGGAGACCUAGUGAAUAUGAAUCAGAAAGCCAAGCUGGAUAUAGAGUAUGACAUUUUCUACACAGGAAAUUUUCUACAAAGUUUUGGACUUAAGGUGAAAAUAGGAAAGUUUUUCCAAUACUUGCCACAUCCUCAUCAAUUGCUUAUAGCUGAUGAAAUGAUAGAGUGGGCUACAGAUGUUAGACAGACUCCACCUUCAAUAUGCAGUACACCUUGCAAUCCAGGCUUCAGAAAAUCCCCUCAGGAGGGAAAAGCUGCCUGCUGCUUUGAUUGUACCCCCUGCCCAGAGAAUCAAGUUUCCAACAUGACAGGCAUGGAUUAUUGUUUGAAGUGCCCAGAUGAUCAAUAUGCCAACACAGAAGGAACUCAUUGCAUCUCAAAAAUUGUGACAUAUCUGUCUUAUGAAGACCCCACAGGGAUGGUUCUGGCUAGCUUGGCACUCUGCUUUUCUGCUCUCACAGCUUUUGUAUUUGCUAUCUUUCUGAGGAACCAAGACACUCCCAUUGUCAAAGCCAAUAAUCGAGCUCUCAGCUACUGCCUUCUUAUCUCACUUUUUUAUUGUUUUCUCUGUUCUUUGCUUUUCAUUGGUCAGCCCCAUAGAGCUACAUGCAUCAUGCAGCAGACCACAUUUGCAGUUGUGUUUACUGUUGCUGUCUCUAGUGUCUUAGCCAAGACAAUUACUGUAGUACUAGCCUUUAAGGUCACUGUGCCAGGUAAAAAGAUGAGGUGGCUGCUGGUAUCAGGGGCAUCUAACUUGAUCGUCCCCAUAUGCACCAUGAUUCAAAUUAUUAUAUGUGGAUUCUGGGUGGGAAUUGCUCCUCCAUUUGUUGAUACUUAUGGCCACACUGAACAUGGUCAUAUUUUUAUUGUUUGCAACAAAGGUUCAGUUAUUGCCUUCCACUGUGCCCUAGGAUACUUAGGUUCUAUUGCUCUGGGAGGAUUCAUUGUAGCUUUCUUGGCAAGGAAUCUUCCUGACACAUUCAAUGAAGCCAAGUUCUUGACAUUCAGUAUGCUGGUGUUCUGCAGUGUUUGGAUUACCUUCUUUCCUGUCUACCACAGCACUAAAGGCAAGGCUACGGUCUCUGUGGAAAUAUUCUGCAUCUUGACCUCCAGUGCAGGGUUGCUUCUUUGCAUAUUUGCUCCAAAAUGCUACAUUAUUUUGUUAAAACCCAAGAGAAAAUCUUUUCACAAGUUUACACACACACAUGCUAAAGUUUAA